UCCGCCCGCUUAAUCGGACCCACCUCUUCGCCAAAUUCAUAGGAUAAACAGAGUUGAACAACGAGUGGUAUGUGCAUUUUUUUUUGGAGGCAAGGCCGGUUGUGUGACUGAAAGAACUGUGGGUUGAGCUGCAAGCUUGUGUGUGUCUGAUAUAAGAAUCAAGGUCACAUGGUUUCGCCACAGAAAGAUGUAACGGAUGAAGUUGCAUCUGAUAAUACACCAAAGAAGGAGAAUGAUGUAAAGGAUGAAGUUGCAUCUGAUAAUACACCGAAGAAGGAGAGUGAUGUAAAGGAUGAAGUUGCAUCUGAUAAUACACCGAAGAAGGAGAAUAUUGAUACUGCAAUCCAUGGGUCGCCACAUCAAACCCCUACUAAUGGGGUCUGUCCAUUGAAAUUAGAUGAUAAAGGAAGCGCUUUUUCUAAAAUACCUAAUACAGCAUUGCAGGCGCCUGAUGGUGGUAUUACUGCAUUGCAAUCCAAUCAAGAAGGCAGUGUUUCCUCAUUAACAUCUGAGAAAGCAUUGCUGACACCUGAGACUGGUUCCGUUGUCUUGCAACAUGGUCAUGAAGGAACCACUUCAUCUAGAGUGCGUGAGAAACCAUUAGAGGAUGGUUAUAACUGGAGAAAGUAUGGGCAGAAACUUGUUAGGGGAAAUAUAUAUGUCCGAAGUUACUACAGAUGUACCCAUCCUAAAUGUCCUGUGAAGAGGCAAGUAGAACGCUCCCAAAAUGGGCAGAUAACAGAUACAGUUUACUUUGGUCAGCAUGAUCAUCCUAAACCUCAACUUAAUGUCCCUAUAGCUGUUGGCUUUGCUGUGUCCGUUGGUGAAGAGAAAGCAGAACAGCGCUUGUUAACCAGUGUUGAAGAUAAACCAUUGGAGGCACAUGGCAACUCACCCAACAAAACUGAGCCAGUUGAUCUCCUUCAGCUUUCAAAUAUUGCAGAGAAUGAAGCUGUGCAGGGUGUGCUCUCUUUAUCUAAUAGAACGAGAGAUGGUGAUCCAGACCCAAAAAGACAGAAGAAGGAAAAACAUUAUGGAAACUCCACUCCGGUGGAUAAGCCAACUGGUGAACUGCGUGUUGUUCAGACUAUGAGUGAGGUUGAUAUUGUCAAUGAUGGGUACAGAUGGCGCAAAUAUGGGCAAAAAUUAGUAAAAGGCAAUCCAAAUCCCAGGAGUUACUAUAGAUGCUCAAAUCCUGGAUGUCCUGUAAAGAAACAUGUAGAGAGGGCGAUUAAUGAUUCAAAAGUGGUUAUAGCCACGUAUGAGGGGCAACAUGACCAUGAUGUUCCCCCCUCAAGGACUGUCACUUUUAAUGGUACGGCAUCAAAUGUGUUGCCAGCAGUCCACAUUGGUGACUCUGGAACCAAAAUAGAAGGGCAUGCUAUCAGCCAUGUUGCAUCUACUAGCCCAAAACAUGAAAGUAAACCAAUCGAACAACCUGAUUCUGAGUCAAGAACUAAAUCACGAAGGAUUGAUGCUGCUGCCUCUGAAAUGGUCGAUGAUACUGAUAUGGGACCUGAAAGAAAGUUAAAUGAGCAAUUGAUUGGUAAAGCAUGUGUCCAAGAAGAAGGUGAUCCCCCUGAAACUAUUGUUUGUAGGGCAAUUAAACUGCAGAAUGGCGAGUCAGGAAGUAUUCCAUCAAAGCAAGAAAUUCGAAAGCCAAAAACAGAACCUGUUCAUGGUUAACUUGCCAUGCUCCGUCGAGAUUCAUCUAGACUCUAAAUAAUACAUUCAAGUACCGGGACACUUCUGCAUCUUGGGGUUUAUCUUAUUCUUUCUUCCUCUAUUUUCCUUUUGGGUGAGAAUGACCUUUAGGCAGGUACUCUUAGCUGGAGGGUAGGACGGUAGGAGCUUGAUGGAAUGACAUUAAUGUUUGACAGUGUCAUAAAUUGUGUUAUUUAUCUGGAUCAAAUAUUCUCAGAGAUGUAGGUCAUUAGACUGGGGACUCAGGAGUGCCUAAAUAGAUAGCUAUGGUUGUUAGUGUAGUAGUAUUCUGUAAACUGUUUGGCUCGAAAUUCUGUAAGGCUUUGUGAAGAUAAAUGUAUGCCAAAUAUUAAGUCGUAUGCAGAUUAGUUGAGAUUGUUACCA